UAUUAUUUAUUUAUCUGUCAUAAACAUGAGAAAAAUAUAUUACAAGCAGGAGUGUCACACACCCCAUUUCAGAUUUAUGAUUUAUCUAAUUCAUAUUUGACAACCUACGUAUGAAAGUGCUGCUUCCCAAACUUCUGCAUGUAAGAAAAUCACCUGAGGAUCCUGUUAAAAUGCAUAUUCAGACUCUUUCUAACUGGGAUCAAUAUUCUGCCUUUCUUUUUUAUUUUUUCUUUUUUUGAGACAGAGUUUCGCUCUUGUUACCCAGGCUGGAGUGCAAUGGCGCGAUCUCGGCUCACCGCAACCUCCGCCUCCUGGGUUCAGGCAAUUCUCCUGCCUCAGCCUCCCGAGUAGCUGGGAUUACAGGCACACACCACCAUGCCCAGCUAAUUUUUGUAUUUUUAGUAGACACAGGGUUUCACCAUGUUGACCAGGAUGGUCUCGAUCUCUUGACCUCAUGAUCCACCCGCCUCAGCCUCCCAAAGUGCUGGGAUUACAGGCGUGAGCCACCGCGCCUGGCCUAGUAUUCUGCCUUUCUAACAAGUUCCCAGGUGAUGCCACUCCAGCCAAUCCACAGAGCAGCAAGGCACUAAGAAGGGUGCUCCACCACUGCUGUCCUUGACCAGAAACAGGGGCAUCGCUGAGAACUUGUUGGGAAUGAAGAUUCUCAAGCCCCACCUCAAACCUGCUGAAUCAGAAACUCUCGGGGGUGGGGUCCUCCUGUUCCCUUCUAAAAUUUGAGAGCUACUGAAAUAAACCUUUCUUUCUCUUACUCUGAUUACUCACAAAUAAGCUCAUUAAUCCUCAAAUGCUCAAGUAAGUAGGUCCAUGUUGGUUUUUAGGCACUGAAUGACAGAAAUGUGGUAACACGAAAGGUUUUCCCUUUUUCAGCAUCUCUAACUCCCAUCUGUCCCAUCCUAGCACAAAUUGGUCUGGUAAACAAAUCUCCUGGAACUCGAGUUCUCCUUCGGUUGAACGAAUAGGGGGUACGUGAAAGAGUCUUAGGAAGCCGUAGGUGUCCUGCCAUGAUUAUGGCUAUGGCUGCUGUUUGAGAACAAAGACAUGAACGAUAUUCAACUUGAUUUACAUUCUCGGUGCCAUGUAGAAAAUUAAGUACAAGAAAAAUAAAAUAUUUAAAUAACCCAGAAUUCUACUACCUUCAACUACCCUCUCGUGCCUUUUUUUUUUUUUUUUUUUUUUUUUUUUUUUUGAGGCAGGGUCUUGCUCUGUUGCCCAGGCUGCUGCACAGUGGCAUAUCAGGGCUCAACCACAGCCUGUACCUCCCAGGCUCAAGCGAUCCUCCCUCCUCAGCCUCCAAGUAGUUGGGACUACAGGUGUUUGCCAUCACACCAAGCUAAUCUUUUUUAAAAAUUUGCAGUAGAGGCAAGGCCUCAUUACAUUGCCCAGGCUGGUCUCAAACUUUUGAGCUGAAGUGAUCCUCCUGUCUUGUCCUCCCAAAGUGCUGGGAUUACAGUCUUGAGCCACCACGCUCAGCCCUUGUGAAUUCCGAUGCACACCUUUACCAUCUUUGCUUUGUGAAAACAAACAUGCACCCACUGGUUUUAAAAUUUCCAAAACUAGGAUCAUCCUUUCCACAUAAGUGUUUUCAUGCCAUUAAAUGCAUUUCAAAGGCCAUUUUCUCAGCCAGGUGUGGUAGUAUGUGCCUGUAGUCGGAUCUACUUGGGAGGCUGAAGCAGGAGGAUUGCUUGAGCCCAGGAGUCGGAAGCUAUAGUGUGCAAUGAUCAGGCCUGUGAAUAGCUGCUGUACUCCAGUCUGAGCUACAGAGCAAGACCAUUCCAUCAUUAGAAAAAUCAAAACAAACAAAAAUUUAUUUUCUUUCUUUCCUAGCUUUAUUGAUAUAUAAAAAUGUGAAUAUAAUUAAUGUACACAAUUUGGUGAGUUUGGACAUGUGCAUGCAUUUAUGUUACCCACGGUCAAGGUAAUAAAGAUACAUAUCAUCUCCAACAGUUUCCUUGUAUCUCUUUGUGAUUUCUUUUUCUUUUUUCUUUUUGUAGUAAGAACAGUUAACAUGAGAUCUACACUCCUAACAAAUUGUUAAGUACACAGUAUCUUGUUUCUAACUGUAGGUGCUGUGCUAUAACAAUCAGAGUGAAAAGGCAACAUAUGGAGUGGGAGAAAACAUUGCAAACCAUAUAUUUAAUAAGGGAUUAAUUUCUAAAAAAUUUAAGGAACUCACACAACUCAAUAGCAAAAAUAAAUAAAUAAACAUAACCCAGUUCUGAAAAUGGGCAAAGGAACUGAAUAGACACUUCUCCAAAGAAGACAUACAAAUGGCCACCAGGUCUAUGAAAAGAUAUUCGACAUCACUAAUCAUUAGCGAAAUACGAAUCAAAACCAUGAUGAGAAAUCUCAUGCCCAUUAGGAUGACUAUGAUUAAAUACAUUUCCUUUAUAUCAUUACUAAUGGGUGCAAAGUACCCCUCUGUAUAAUCAUCAUAAUGAUUGCUUUCAACCAGUUUUUUUUGUUAUUUCCAGUUUUCUGUUGCAAAAAAUGCUACAGUUAAUAUUCUUACAAAUAAAUUUUGACUUAGUAUUGUUGACAGUGCUUAUAAUUUUUAAUACUAGCUGGCAAAUUUGCCUGUAUAAGAAAUUGUACAUAUUCAUAACAUUAAAUCUACAACAGCAGUCGUGCACCAGAGGUGUGGGAGAUCUUAUUUCAGUCACUUCUAUAAGGCACGGAGCCUGACCAAGCAUGUGAGGUGAAACAGUGCAUACCUGUUGACAGCUAGUCGCUCUCAUCUCAGGUAAUACUGGAACCAAAACCAAUUCCUUCUUUAAGUACAGGGAAGAGAAACAAACUCUCAGAUGUGACUCCAUUAUUUCAUUUUUAAUGAAUGACCAAUAAGAUGAGAAUUCACCACUGAAAAGCUAACAUUUCACCAAACAGGAUAUUUGGCUUCAAAUGUUUUCAAUGUCAUUGCUUGACUACAUUUAAAUCUUGUUAUAUUUAGUGAAGGAUAGAAAAAAAGUACCUCAAAUUUGGCAAAAGGCAAAAUGAUGAUUGCUUGGUUAUUUAUUAUUAUUUCAUAUGAAAAGUUUUCUUUUUUGUUUUUGUUUUGUUUUGCUUUUUGUUUGAAGACAGGUCCCACUCUGCUGCCCAGGCUGGAGUGCCGUGUGUGAACUUUGCUCACUGCAGCUUCAACCUCCCGGGCUCAAGUGAUCCUCCUGCCCUGGGCUCCCAAGUAGCUAGGACUACAGGGUAUGCCACCAUGCCCAGAUAAUUGUUGUUUCUCUUUUUUUUGGCAGAGUCAGCAUUUUUCUGUGUUGUCCAUGUUUGCCAUGUUGUCUUGAACUCCUGGGCUCAAGUGAUCCAACCACCUCCCAAAGUGCUGGGAUUACAGGUGUGAGCCACACUGCCCAGACAAGACUUUUCUCAUUAACUUAUUUGAUCCUCAGGUGGAACUUGUGGGGAUUGUAUCUUUGUGGUCACGAUAUAUUUGCAAAUGUAAAAAAGAGGCUUCUCUUUAUGACACCACUAGCCUAAAUAUAUCAUAGCUGAGAGUUGUGUUUAUCUUACCUGCAGCUGCCCAGCAGAAGCUGUUAUGUGAACAGAAACAUCAAAGGAUAUAAAACACAAAGCUAAUAGUGUUGAAAAACUUGGAAAGGUCUUAUUUACCGACUCUUUUAGCAUCAGGACCUAACUAAAAAUGUUUUCCUGACUGAUAAACGAUACAAUUCGGCUUAACAAACUGCCUACAGAUCUGGGGCCUCAUUCUGUCCUUCCACGUAUGCAGAAUUUGGACCUUUCAUCAGCACAGCCAUUGUGAGCUCUCUCUACAACUUUACAUGAAGUUUUCACCUCAGCAGCCUUCUUGAUGUGUUUCUUUUAGUGACAUGCGGUCCCAUCAGUUAUCAGUGAUCAACUCAGCUUGUUUUUCAGUGCUCUGGUGCUCAUUGUUUUAAUUCUUUGACACCAAGAAUUCGCAACUUAUAAAGGUUCUCUUGUUCACAUAAGAUUAGAAGUUAAGCCAGGGCGAGACACACUUGUAGUCAGUCCCAGCUACUCCAGAGACUGAAAUUGGAGAAUCCCUUGAGCCCAGCAGUUUGAAGCUGCAGUGAGCUAUGAUCAUGCCACUGCACCCCAGCCUGGGUAACAGAGUGAGAUCUUGUCUCUAAAAAUUUUUUUAAUAAGAUUAGAGAUUAACCUGCAGAAAUGGAUACAUUAUUACCAAUAACUUACGGCUGGCAGAGAAGCAAGUAGUUUUGAUUUAAGUAGAAGAUAAAAAAGUAGAAAGUAAAAUGCAUUUAUAUAUAGUUUAGUAAUCUUAAUUUUGAUAUUUGUUUCUGGAAUAACUAUAUGUAAGUCCCUAUUCAAAUUCUUUUUAGAACCAGCUAUUUUGUCUUUCUGCUUUGUCUGUAAUAAUUACUAUAGUACAGUCUUCCCCUUAUCCAUGGGGAUAAUUUCCAAGACCCCCCCAGUUCAGUGGAUGCCUGAAACCAUGGAUACUAUGGAACCAUGCAUGUACUGUUUUUCCUAUACAUACAUACUUAUGAUAAAGUUUAAUUCAUUAAUUAGGCACAACAAGAGAUUAAUAAUAAAAUAGAACCAUUACAACAAUGCACUGUAAUAAAAUCUACGUGAAUGUGUGUUCUGUCUCUCUCAAAAUACCUUAUUGUUCUGCACUUCAGGUAACUGAUAAGGGGAGACUACUGAAAUAAUAAAUACUAAUAUAUCAAUAACGAGUGCUUUGACACAUGCUUAAUAAUACCUUUGAAUAUCUUGUUCUUAUGCUUCCAAUUGGCAGACGUACUGUACUAGAGACAGUUCCUUUGAUUAUAUCCAAAUAAUGGAUAUUUCAAGGGUGCUGAUUCUAGCAAUGAGACUCAGUAAGGCCAGCUUGGCACUCCCUGCUGGCUCUGCUGCUGAGUAGAUCCUGCAGUUAGAGAAGCCAAGGGCAGAUAUUUGGUUUCAGAAUACAUGCUUCCUCAUGUUAUUCUGGUCUACAGCUCUACAUGGUGACUGUCCCAAAAGCAUUGGCUAUUUUUUGGAAAUACGUUCUUUGCAUUCAGUACUUGUUACUUAAGAGGUGUUCAUAGUAUAUGAAUUGUCUUUAGUUUGACUCUCACUUUGCUUAAUUUGUGAUUAUUAACAGAGAAAAAAAUAGUCAUGUAAUCCACUACCAUAAGACCAAGAUGUAUCCUUCGCUCAUUAAAAUCACAAAAUAAUCCUUCAUCUCUGAUUAAAUGAACUAUGGUCAUCAAUUUAACUAACCUUCAAAAACCUGUUAACACAGAAUCUAGAUGUUGUAACUACACUGCCUUAUACAGUUUCCACUCAGUAAAAUGUGCACGUUCUUUCAGAGAGCAGUAUACAAAACUCUCUUUCUAAUACUUCAUCCUGCAAUCCCACAAAACUGCAAUUGCAAAUAUUCCCCAAGGAUGCCAUGCCUGUGCUAUUCAUGCCCUGGCCUUGAGCAAGCAUCAAAGAACAGUGUGGAAACACCUCAUGCAAAUGAUUACUCUCAUCAUUCACCUUUCCCACCGUAGGUCCCUGAUUUGCUAUUUUAAGUCACAGGAAAGGAAGCAUAACGCAGGUGGUGGUUGAUCUCCUCCUCUUCCUGGAGGAUAGCAGGGAAUUGAGUCCAGAGGGAGUUAUUAAAGAUAUUAAUGCAUAGCAUCAUGUUCUGGACAGUGGAUUCGGGACAGUGAAGGAUCUGGUUUGGGUCAUUUGUACUGAACUUGUGGCAAUGGUCACGAGACUGUGAUCUAUUGGGAAGAACAUGAUUGAAAAGGUUCUCAUUGGGAAAGAUGCAACAUUUACUACAGGAUAAAAAUCCUUGUGUAUAUCCCUGGACUAGAGAUGAGCAUUUUUACUUUAGGCCUCAGUUAAGUCCAUGGGAACAUCGUCUUUUCAGCAAAGCAAUCAAAUAAGUCAGCCAAGCACCAAGGAGCUCUGAUGGAAUUGCUUGCAUUAGAAGAAUGUUUUUGGAGUUCUGCAGGUCGACCACAUCAUAGUCAGAUACCACUGUCUGCAUUUCAGCAAAGAUUCAGGACAAACAUACAUUGCAUUUGUGUGUAUCUGAGUGUGCACAUCCAUGCACACAGAUAUGAAGCUGUCUCUACAUGAACUUUGUUUCCUCGAAUAUCAAGGGCUACAUUAUUUCUGUAUUCAUUGCAUAAAUAGGAGAUUUGGAUCUUGUCAUAACUAACUGGAAUACUUCUCUUUUAAGACACUGACCAGAGUUGUAAGCUUUCGAACUUGAAGAAUCACAGUGUUAUGGAAUAAAUUGUUUCCCUCCUGAAUUCCUAACCCUCCAGACCUCAGAAUGUGACUGUACUUGGAGACAGGGUCUCUAAUGGGGCAAUUAAGUUAAAAUAAGGCCCUAGGAGGGUCCUAAUUCAAUCUUACUGAUGUCCUUAGAAAGAGGGGGAGUUUGGAUAUACAAGUUGACACGAGGAGCCACAAACAUAUGAGGACACAAUGAGAAAGUAGCCAUCUUCAAGCCAAGGAGAGAGGCCUCAGAAGAAACCAACCCCGCCAGCACCUUGAUCUUGGACUUCCAGCCUCCAGUACAGUGAGAAAAUUAACUUCUGUUGUUUAAGCCACUCAGUCUGUGGUGCUCUGCUAAGGACACCUGACCAAACUAAUUCACACAGUUUUCAUCACACUUUGCCAUACACAAACGCAACACAAAGAAUGAAAAAUAAAAAGUUAAUUUUUGUGACCUGUAGAUGGGAGUGGACAGAAAGAGAUGUAAGUUACCUCCUGUGUACUUAUGCUAUGAUCUUCAAAAUGGUAAUCAGCUCACUCCUGUGAGCAGAUCCACUGAGCCUUCAGUUAAUGAAAGAGGCCUUCAAAUUCUCCAUAUUCUACCAGAGCUCAUGCAGCUUACUGUCAACUAAUUAUAGACAAUUACUCCUCCACUGAUUAUCCGGGGCAAAUUUUAUUUUUAAAUUUCCUAUGUAUUUUACAUAUUCUUGUUGGUGAUUUUAUUUUGGACUAAGUCGUAUUUUAAUAGCUCUAGGCAAAUAGUCAUUAAAUUAGAAGCUGUUGUUUGCUAAAUGCAUGCCAUUCUUUGUCAAAGAGGAGCUCUCAUAUCACAAGGGUGACUAAAUACUGUAGUUAAAAAUAAAAAGCUAUUUGAGGCUUAGUUUAGGUAAAUUUACAAUGUCUCCCUUCAUAGAGUACAUAGCAUGUAAAAUUUAAAGGUUUUUAUUGAUACUGAAAAUCUCGGGUUUGCAUAAACCAAAAACCUAGACAGCAAGUCACUCUUGUAUUUGCGGUAUUUGGACACUCAAAGUACAUAAAAAAUGCAAAGUUUAGAACAAAAUAUACCUACAAAAACUGACUGAACCACUUCAGGAUUUUCUGUGCAACUAUUUCCUUCCGCCUUUUCCAUCGCUGCUCCUUGGACCACCAGUAUUCUAAAAGCUGUUGCUUUGCACUGAAGAUACCAUACCGGCAUGCAUUCUCUUUCAUUAUCUUUGCUUUUUAUUUCUUUCUUCCUUUUUUUUAAAGACAAAGUCUCACUGUGUGGCCCAGGCUGGGAUGCACUGGCUAUUCACACACAUGAUGAGAGCGUGCUAGAGCUUAUAACUCCUGGGCUCAAAUGAUCCCCCUGCCUCAGCCUCCCCAGUGCAUACAGGUAUACACCACUAUGCCCAGCGUGGCAUGCAUUUUUUUCUAAAAUAAGUUGCAGUAUGAAAACACAAGUAUAUUUAUUUGUUAUUAGUUUGUCAAUCCAUCUUUUCUUUUUUUUUUUUUUUGAGACAAGAUCUCACUCUGUUGCCCAGGCUGGGCUGCAGUGGCACAAUCUCCACUCACUGCAACCUCUGCCUACUGGGUUCAAGCAGCUCUCCCACCUCAGCCUCCCAAGUCGUUGGGACUACAGUCACACACCACCAUGCCUGGCUAAUUUUUGUAUGUUUUGUAGAGAUGGGGUUUCACAACGUCAGGCAGGCUAGUCUCAAACUCCUGACUUCAAGUCAUCCUCCCACCUUGGCCUCCCAAAGUGCUGGGAUUACAGAUAUGAGCUACUGUGCGCAGCCAAGUUUUUCUAUCCAUCUUUUCUAAGAGUCCUCCACCACUCUUAAAAAUAAAAAUCCCUAUUACUACUCACCUAAGGGUUUUCUAUUUCAAGAAGCAGCUGAGUUUCAGGCCAACAUCUCAAAUUUGGAGUGUCUGUGUCUUUUUUGAUUUAGAGUUUGAUUUGAAAACACCAUUCAUUUGCUGUGUCCAGGAGACCCGAUUUUUUAUUUGGGCUCCACCUUGGUUUCAUCUGCACCCCAGUUUCAGCCAUCUGAGAUUAGACUGAGUACUCCAUAUGGACCAUGAUGAAAUCGUGCUGAAAAUACCGACAUAUAAUGAGUAGCUGAAUUAGUCCUCAAUAUUCUGCCCCACCAACUGUGAUCUAUAUGACCUGGGCGGCCAAACCCACUGCUUUGCUCAAGGAUAUACCAUAGAAACUUGGUUUCUGAGAAGCUCAAUUGCUGAGAAAUUGCCAAAAGAAAUUAAUUAUAAGCAAUGCAUUGCUGUAGCAAGAGGCAUUUCCUUUUGGUUUUAAUAGCUUCUAGGAAAACUUGACUUUUUCCUAGAAGUCAAGGAAAAAGACUUUUUCCCAAGUUGAAAAAGACUUUUGCAAGAAAAUAGUCACAGUAUUUUAACUUAAAACAAUACAUAUUUAGACAAAACUAUAACCAAAUAGGUAAAGAAAUGCCUGAGUGAAAAAAAUGAAAGUAUUGAGUAGUGUAAUUAUCACUUAAAAGAAUAUUUGUUUUAUUUUUGAAAAAAUAAAUUAUUUUCAGCAAUCGGUUUAUCUUACAGUUUUACUCAGGAAUUCAGUGUCUUCUAAACAGAAAUGAAGAAUGUAUAAAAAUGAGCAUAUGCACUCUUGAGUUUUUUCUGUGCAGGUAGUUGCAGUUUAGUACAUGUGUGAAUGACGAAUACUUGGUAGUGGAGUGAUCGUAUUCCACAUGAAUUGAAAAGAGAAGAGAGACUUCAAAACCCAGAGUACAGUCUUGUCUUGUCUUUUCUUUUCUUUUUUUUUUUUUUUUUUUGAGACAGAGUUUUGCUGUUGUUACCCAGACUGGAGUGCAAUGGCACGAUCUCGGCUCACUGCAACCUCUGCCUUCUGGGUUCAAGCCAUUCUCCUGCCUCAGCCUCCCGAGUAGCUGGGACUACAGGUGCGCACCACCAUGCCCAGCUAAUUUUUGUAUUUGUAGUAGAGACGGGCUUUCACCUUGUUGACCAGGAUGGUCUCGAUCUCUUGACCUUGUGAUCCACCCGCCUCAGCCUCCCAAAGUGCUGGGAUUAUAGGUGUAAGCCACCGCGCCCGGCCCAUCUUGUCUUUUCUAACCAGCCUCGCGAGGUGCAGAAAGACUGCUUGUUUGCACAAAGUGAAGAUUCCUUCCUCCACUGACUGCAUGCAUCUCCCCCCUACACCGCCCCCCCCGCCAUGGUUGCUGCCCCCACCUUGAGUUCAGCACAUUUGCUCACUCAUCAGCAUUCGUUUAUUAAGCCGCGUCUUCAUGCCCAUGCUCGGAAACUGGGGCUGCACAAGCACCAAGGUCGGCAUCACUGCCUUCAGGAGCUUCUGUUCUGACAGAACAAGACACUUAUAUAGAAUGCCUGAAUCAGUGGGGAAAGUGCUCGCAGAGAAAUAGAGCAGAAGCAGGAAAAGGGUGAGUUAGACAAUUCCAAGUAACAGCAUCAGGGAAAAUGCCUCUGAGGUAAAGCUUAAGGACGGAUGGAAGGCCUCAGCCAAGUUCUUCUGAAGAGAUGGAAACUGGCAGUCACAGUGGCCCAUGCCUGUAACCCCAGCACUUUAGGAGGCUAAGGCAGGCGGAUCAUGAGGUCAAAAGUUCGAGACCAACAUAAUGAAACCCUGUCUCCAUUAAAAUACAAAAAAUCAGCCAGGCGUGGUGGCAGGUGCCUGUAAUCCCGGGAGGCAGAGGUUGCAGUGAGACUCCAUGUCAGAAAAAAGAGAGACAUAGAAACUAUGCUAGGCAGAGGAACUGGCAGAGAUAAAAGCAGCAUAGCCGGCAGGAGCCUGGCGUGUCUGAGGGUCAAGGAGGCCCAUGAGGCUGAAGUGAAGGGAGGAGUGGGAGAGGUGGUGGGAAGUGGGAUCAGAGAGGUGAUGGGUGUGGAGGGUGAUGGGUAUGCAGACGGUGUGUACCUCAUGGACUAUCGAAACAGAGUCAGGGAAGUGUUUUGAAGCAAAAUGGUUGUGAUUCUAAUACAAACGAUCUAGCUGAGACAGGGUGACUCGUUGUAAAAAUGAUUGUAAUCUGGAUAUCUUUAAAAGUAGAGUCAAAAAGAUUUGCAGACAGAUUCUACGUGAGGAACAGAGAAUGUGGAAAUUAGAGAGGUCAGUGUUUGAGAACAAGGGCUCCCCUGAUUAGGCCCAAACUUGACUUGGCUCCCUGGCUUUAGUCGCUUGCUUUUAGUCGGUGGCUUGCUUCUAGUUUAUUUUAAGAUUUACAAAGCUAAAAGUCACGCAGCUAAGCGAUACAUAAUAAAACUUCCACCAGUUUCCUUACAGAUACCAUCUCUCACAUACAGGUCACUGCAGCAACCAUUGCUUAAGUUCUUUCUCAGGAACUGGGGGUCAACUCUUGUCCAGUUCAAGCUAGCUGAAACCACUAUCUCUCCCAAUGGGCCUGCAUGAAUGCCCAAGGGGUGACCUUUUCAUGUCACAGUGCCCAAACUCCACCCUCAGAUCGUGUUAACAACACCAUUUUGUGAAUGUGUGUGCUAUGAGGAGCUAUGAAGUUGGACUAUAUUUGAGCAGCUUACCGAUUACCUCAUUUUUUUCCUGCCCCAAUCACAUUUUCCCACACCUUGGACCACCUUACUCCUCAAUCUCAUAAAUAUCCCUAAAAUCCCACUUUCAGGGAGACUGAUUUGAGACCUGUUCUCCUGCUUUCUCAGUUGACUGCCUCAUAAAUGAACUCAUUCUCUGCUGCAAAGCUCACAGUUUCAGUGAUUGGCAUACUGUGCCACUGGCAGAACAGGCCUGGUUGGGAGCCACCUGGACUCCGAGCUUCUAGACUAAGCAACUGGAAUAAAAGAGUUGUCAUCACCUGAGAAGAGGAGGCUGCAGCUGGAGAAGGUCGGGUGUGGAGCAGGAUUCAUUUCCUAAAGUGAUGCAUUGGACCUUUGCAUCAGCUGUCUGUCCGUAUUAGGCAGGUCGGGAUAUCAUAACAAAUACCACAAACUGGGUAGCAGCAAACAGCAGAAAUGUGUUCUCACAGUUCUGGAGGCUGGAAGUUGAGGAUCAAGGUUCCCUCAGGGUUGGUUUCUGAUGAGGCUUCUCUUCCAACUGCAGCCAUCUGCCUGCAUGCUGUGUCCUCAUCUGGCCUUUCGUCUGUGCACUUGUGGAGAGAGAGAGAGUCGGAUAGGUUGAGAGGGAAGACAGCUAGUAUUUCUUCCUCUUUUUAUAAGGAUUUCAAUCUUAUGGCAUUAGGCUGCCACUUUUAUAAACUCAUUUACUCAUAAUUAUCUCCUUAAGGGCCCUAUUUCCAAAUAUAGUCACAUUGGGGUUAUGGUUUCAACAUAUGAAUAGGGAUGGGGCGCAAUUUGGUUCAUAACACCAUCCAAAUGAAGCCGUAGUAUAGGUAGCUACACAUAUGAAUCUAAAGUGUAGCAUAGAGGUGCUGGCCAGGAAUAGAAUUCAGAGCAUCUUCAGAAUAUGUUUCGUAUUUGGACCCAUUAGACUAGAUACUAGACAACAUCACUAAGGAAAGAAUAUUACUUAGGAGUUAAUAUAAUUUGGAUAUUUGUCCUGUUCAAAUCUCAUGUUGAAAUGUGACUCCCAGUGUUGGAAGUAGGGCCAAGUGAGAGGUGUCUGGGUCAGGGGGCAGAGCCCUGUGAAUGGCCUGGUGCCCUCCUUGCGGUAAUGAUUGUAUUCCUUUUCUAUUAGUUCACAAGCAAGGUAGCUGGUUUAAAGAGACUGGCACCUGUCUCUUGCUCACUGUCUCUCACCAUGUAACACACAAAGGCUCCCCCUUUGCCUUCUGCCAUAAUUGUAAGCUUCCUGGGGCCUCACCAGAGGCAGAUGCUGGCACCACACUUCCUAUAUAGGCUGCAGAACAAUAAUCCAAAUAAACCUCUUUUCUUGAUAAAUUACCCAGCCUCAAAUAUUCCUUUAAAGCAAUGUAAAUAGAACUGGUACUUGUGCGUGAUUCUUGCUUCACAACUCAAUAGCCGUGUGAACUUGAGCAAGUCCCUUACCCAUUCAAAGUGACCUCAUCUGUGACGUGGAGUUAAUAACAGUUAUUUGUGCAGUUACAUUAGGAGCAACUUGAAUCAUUCAGGAAAGACUCAAAGAUUACAUAAAAUUAUUGUUGUUGCAAAAUGACAUAUUUGUUUGUAGCCGGAAGGCUGUCAGUCACAUAAUUUAAUACUGACUUUCCAUGACUAUACAUACCAAUUAACAGACUAGAUGCAGAAUUCUUCAUUCAUUGACUUGUAAUAAUAAUGAAUAAUAAUAAUAUUUAUUAGAUGCUGUCAGCAUGCCAGGUAUCAAGUCAUAUAUUAGGACGACAGGGAACAUAAUAGUUAUUUAGACAGACACAAACUUUACCCUCACAGAGCUUAAGAAUUAGGAUCACAUUUUGCAAACCUUUUAAUGUACAAAUGCAAAAACUGAAGCCAAGUAAUUUUAACAGGUUUCACUAGUGCUCUGACUACUAGAACAAGUUAGUGCAAUGCACAAACCCCGACCUGACUGAUUGCAGGGGCCAAAUUCUUAGGAAUUGUGCCAGUCCAGGAUCUUUUUACUACACAAAGGUAAGCGUAAAUUUGCUAUGGUGCAACUAGAGUCCGUUUCUAGAAAAAUAAAAAAUAUCACAAUGAGAAAACAUGAGAGGAACAACACACUGGGGCCUGUUGGGGGAAGGCAGCUGGUAGGAGAGCAUCAGGAAAAACAGCUGGUGGAUGCUGGGCUUAAUACCUGGGUGAUGGGUUGACAGGUGCAGCAAACCACCAUGGAACACAUUUACCUGUGUAACAAACCACCGCAUCCCACCCAUGUAUGCUACCACGUAAAAUAAAUAGAUAUCACUCAUAAGGGUUAAACAGAACAAUGCACCUAGAAAGCCCAGCCCCACAGCGUGCCACAUGAUGGUGGGCCUGUGUGAGUGAAGGAAAAUUAGAUAGAUAGAUAGAUAGAUAGAUAGAUAGAUAGAUAGAUAGAUAGAUAGAUACAUACAUACAUACAUGCAUAGAUACAUAGAUAGAUACAUAGAUAGAUAGAUAGAUAGAUAGAUAGAUAGAUAGAUAGAUACAUAGAUAGAGUGAACUAGUAUUUUCCCAUACUUUACAUAAAAAUGUAUAACAGGCAAAGACAUCAAAGAAUAACUACAGACAAUAUACUUUAUAAAGAUAAUUACAAAAAUCCUCUGCAAAAUGCUAGCAAAAAAAAAGAACCUAGCAAGAAACCAAAUUCAAUAUAAAUCAUAAAGGUUUAUAUACCAGGAUCAAGUGAGAUUUAUUCCAUGAAUAAAAGGGUAGUGGAAUUCCAUGAAUAAAAAGGUAUUUUCAAUAUAUGAAAAUAAAAUUAUGUAAUACAAGAAGGGAACUUCCUCAACAUGAUAAAGGCCACAGAUUAAAAAUCCACAGCUAGCCGGGCACAGUGGCUCACGCCUGUAAUCCCAGCACUUUGGGAGGCCGAGGCAGGUGGAUCACGAGGUCAAGAGAUCGACACCAUCCUGGUCAACAUGGUGAAACCCCGUCUCUACUAAAAAUACAAAAAUUAGCUGGGCACGGUGGCGUGUGCCUGUAAUCCGAGCUACUCAGGAGGCUGAGGCAGGAGCAUUGCCUGAACCCAGGAGGCGGAGGUUGCGGUGAGCCGAGAUCGCGCCAUUGCACUCCAGACUGGGUAACAAGAGCAAAACUCCAUCUCAAAAAAAAAAAAAUCCACAGCUAAUGUUACAUUCAAUUAUGAAAGGCUAACUGCCUACCCUCACAGCAUCAGGAACAGGACAAGGAUGCUUCCUUUCACCACUUCUAUUCAACAUCGUACUGGAAGCUCCAGACAAAGCAAUUAGGCAACCUAAGUCAAUAAAAGGCUUCCUAACUGGAAAGAGACAAAUAACACUAUUUUUAUUAGUCUGUAACAUGAUCUUAAAUAUAAAAAAUCCUAAAGGAGCCACACGUAACACAAAAACUGAGUCAAUAAACUAAUGCACAAAAGAACCCAAUGGCUAUUUUUUACAAAAAUUAAAAAAAAAUUACCAGAUUCAUAAUGAAAUAUAAGUUACCUGGACUAGCCAAAACAAUCUUGAAACAGAAAAAGAGGAAGUUGGAGGACACAUACUUCCUGAUUUCAAAACUUAGUACAAAGCUACAAUAAUUAAAAGUUUGAUACUGACAUAAGAAUAGACAGAAAUAAGCCCAUAUAUCUAUGGGCUUAUGUCAAUUGACUUUUGACAAGGGUGUCAAUAGAGAAACUAUAAUCCUUUCAACUGUAUAUCCAGUUCAACUCAACUGGAUAGACACCUGCUAAAGAAUGAAGUUGGACCCUACCUUGCAGCAUAUGCAAAAAGUAACUCAAAAUAUAUCAAAAGCUUAAAAGAAAGAGCAAAAAAUGAUAAUGCUCUUAAAAGUACAUUUUCAUGACCUUGGAAGUGUCACUGGUUUGUUAAAUAUGACAUAAAACCAAAAAAUACCAACAACAAAAUAGAUAAAUUAGACUUCCUCAAAAUUAGAAACUUUUGUUCAUCAAAAAGAAAUUGUCAAAAAACUUAAAAGACAAUACACAGAAUGAGAGAAAAUAUUUGCAAAUCCUAUAUCUCAUAAAGGUGUAGUUUUCAGAGUGUAUAAAGAACACUUACAAAAAGACAAUCCAAUCAAAAAAAUGGGCAAAAGACUUGAAUGGAUAUUUUUCCAAAGCAGACAAGUAAGUGGACAACAAGGAAUUAAAAUGCACAACACUAUUAGCUACUAGGGACACACCAAUCAAAACCACAAUGAGAUGCCACUUUGCAUCCACUAUCAUGGCCAUAAAAGGGAAACACAGAUUUUAAAAAGUGGAAAAUAGAGGCUGAGGCAGGAGAAUUGCCUGAACCCAGGAGGCGGAGGUUGCGGUGAGCCGAGAUUGCGCCAUUGCACUCCAGCCUGGGUAACAAGAGCGAAACUCCGUCUCAAAAAAAAAAAAAAAAAAAAAAAAAAAAAAGUGGAAAAUAACAAGUGCUGGUGAUGCCGUGGAGAAACUGGAACACAAAUUGCUUGUAGGAAUGUAAAAAUGGUUUAAUUGUUGCAGAAAAGCUUGCUGGUUCCAUAAGAAGUUGUUUGUAGAAUUUCUAUAAGAUCCAGCAAUUCCGCUCCCAGGUAUACCCAAUAUAAUUAAAAACAGAGUUCAAACAAAAACUUGUAUAUGAAUGUUCAUAGCAGCUCUAUUCACAAUAACCAAAAGGUAGAAACAAGUAUUCAUCAACAAACAAACCCAAAUGUGUAUGUCAACAGAUGAAUAAACAAAAGGUGGUAGAGCCAUAGAAUGAAAUAUUAUUCCUCUAUAAAAGGGAAUGAAGUACUGACACGUGCUACAACAUAGAUCUUGAAAAUAUCAUGCUAAAUGAAAGAAACCAGACACAACAUGUAUAUGUAAUAUCCAAAGUAGGAAAAUCCAUACCAACAGAAAGCAGAUCAGUGGUUUCCAGGGCUGCGGAGAGCUGGCAAAUGAAUGACUGACUGUCUGAUGGGUCCAGGUUUUCCAUUCGAGGUGAUGAAAACCUUCUGAAGCUUAAUAGAGGUGAUGGUACAGUCUUGUGAAAGAACUUAAUUCCACUGACUUCCACACUUUAAAAUAGUUACAAUGGUAAAUUUAUGUGUUAUCUGUAUUUUAACAAAAUAAAAAUAAAUUUAACCUAUUAGGAAAAACGUUAUCUCUGAUGUAUACACCAGUAAUAAAAUCAAUGUAUUUUUUUUUAAAAAAGAGUCUAUAGCAGCAUAUGCCAAAAUUAAUAGAAUGAACAAGUAUCUGACUACCUCCCCCACUGCAUGAUAGAGAGACUUAAUCCUUACACUCUCUAAGCAGUUUGGCAGUAUACAAGCCUAAAAUAACAUUCUAGUCAAAAAAAGAAACCAUUCUCUGUGUGUAUUACGAUAAAAUUAUAAUUACCCAAUAGGGAAAGAAAUCCCAAAAGCUUUUUCCCUCUGCUUUGACUCCCUCCCCUGAUAUAUACCAUCACCCUCAGGCUCCCUCCUUAAGGCUCCAGGGGUUACAAUCAAUGUCUUAUAAUUCUAAGGACUUUAUGUAAGACUUCGCCCUUUGGAAUCAGCGUAUAAUUUCAUUCUGGAAACACUGUGAGCCAUUCUCACUCCUUUGAUUAUCAGUUUUCUUACAAAACAUUUUCAGUGCUUUCUUCUAGUUCAAUCCCAUUGUGAUUUAAAUACUUAAGAAUGUGCCCUACAGACAUGAAUUUGAACAGAAUCUAGCGUGUUCUGCUAAGUUCCGUCUGCUACGACGGACUUAGAGAUUUCCACUGUUUGAGGUGCUUUAAAAUCCCUUGGCUAAUCUCCUAUUUUUUAAUGCCACAUGCACUGAAUUCAUGAAUGUUAUCAGUCCUUGGAAUAAAAUAUUGCCCAUUUUGCAAGGUUUCCAGCCUGCACAAAUGGAGACAUUGCUGGCUCCUCACUAGUGAGUGACGUUUUGGAGUUUGCCGUUUGUUUGUUUGUUGCUGUUGUUUGUGGGAUUUAAGUGUUGAAGGUAAACUGGGAGCUCAGAUUUCUGGUGAUUUCCAUUGAGAUUGAUGAUCACUGGUCCAUUGAAAUGAUCUGAUUUUCUCAUGUGGCCUUUGAUAUUUUAGCAGCUCGCCUAUGCUCUGGGACACAGCUUGUGGCUACAUAGUUAACUCGGGCAGAAUUUGAAGUCAAGAUGUUUCCUUAACUUUCAGAAUACUAUCUCUGUCUUAAUGGCACAGUGCUUGGAAUACGGUUGCAUUUUGAAAAGUGAGUUUUUAAUUUUGACAAUGUUGGUGAAUCUCUGUGGGUAAGCAAAACUCUUCCUUUACUGAAAAUGCUAUUUUUGUACUAAGAAUCUGAAUAUCGUGGGUAUAGCUCCAGUAUGACUAAGCAGCUCUGGGGCUUUAGAUAAGUUACUAAACAUAUCUAGAAAUAGAUCAUCACAAAGAUCUCUUUUUCCUCAAAAAUUUUACUAAACUAUUACCUCAUGAGUGACCUUGUGGUUCCUCUCUUGGCAUCAUUUACACAUUUUCCACAUGCUAUCAACUGUGAGCUAAAAGUUUUAUCUCUCCACAGAGGGGAUAUAAUACUUACACCCACGGGUCAUGAUGCAGCUGUCAGUUUAACCUGUUGUUUUUCAGCUCCUCUGCAGUGACUCUGCAUAUAGCACACCCACUUUGACUCAGUUGUACCUAACUAUCCCAAUCCCAAUCCAUCUCUCCAACAUUCACAUGAUGAAAACAUCCACGUUCUGACAGGUCUCAACAACCUCCCUGAUUUGUUUCUUUGUUGUUUUGUGACAGGGUCUUGCUCUGUUGCCCAGGUUGGAGUGCCAUGACACAAUCAUGCCUAUUACAGCCUCAAUCUCCUGGCUCAAUCCAUCCUCCGACCUCAGCCUCCCAAGUAGCUGAGACUACAGGCACACAGCCACACUCGGUCAUUUUAUUUUUUGUUCAGACAAUCUCUCACUGUGUUGCCCAAGCUGGUCUCAAACUCCUGAGCUCCAGUGAUUCCCCACCUCGGCCCCCCAAAGUGCUAGGAAUGCAGGUGUGAGCCACCACCCCCUGCCUGCCUCCCUGAUUUGGAGGAGGUUGGAAUGUAUUCUCCCGGAUGACGUCUCCCACAGUACUGAUGCUCCCCUGGCCUGCUAUAUACAGGUCAGAACUGUCUCAGUGUUCCGACACAGUAAGUCCACACUGGGACAGCUUCCACAUGUAAAUAUUAGCAAUCCUUGAAUUUUCUGAGCUCCGUUUCUAUAUAUGCACAAUGGAAAACCUACGUGUAUUUUUAAAACUGUGAAUGUGCGUGUCUGUUCAUGUCUAUGUUGUUUGAUUGACUUCCAGUUACAAGGAUAGGUAAAUUCUACUCUGAGAUUUUAAGGGGGCUGAUAGUUAAGUUCACAGCUUCUCUGUCCCCCAACUACAAUGGGGAAUUUUAACUUCAGGAUUGAUUCUUCUUUUUAAAAUACAGGCUAGAAUAAAUUAAUGUUUUUGCAAAGAAGGACCCCAGAGGUCUUCAGGGAUAUCUGAAGCACCCUGAAAUUGUCCAGUUUCUGACUUUAUGCAUUCCCCCUGCUAAAUGAUAGUUUGUUUUAUUCCACCUGUAUGAAAACAGAAGAGAGUCUGGACCCCUCUGCAUGCCUCUGGCAGUUUCAAGAGCUUUUUUCCGACAACACUGCUGAAGGUUUACACUGAGUCCUUCCACUAUGCCUUUAUGUUACUCUAGUCCUGCCUCUCCCACCCCACAGAGCCAUUCUAGCAACCUGCUUCACAAUGCACAUCCAUGAAUAUUGGUUAAGGGACCACUGCAGGUCAGACACUGGGGACUCAGAGGUAAACAAAAGAGAAAACUGUGGCUCCAAGGAAUUUACGGUCUAAUAGAACAAAACAGGCAGCAAACAAAAGAAAUAAGAGUGGUUUAUUUGUUAUAAGUUAUUACCGUACAUAAAGAAAAUUCAGGAAAGAGACAGCAGGGAGCUGUGAGGGUUUUCAAUAUUGUGUAAUUCAGUGACAGAGGGCCUCCGUUGGAAGGUGACUUUUAAAAGUGACCUGAAGAAGGUGAGAACAGGGGUGUGUGGAUAUCUUGGGGAGAAAGCACUUCGAGUGUGGCAAACUGCAAGCCUUGUACCCAGAAAAUGAGGGUGUCGAGCAACCGACUGACAUGAUCAUAUUAUGUCUUAAUGUAAUCCUCUGAUUGCUUUUGUAGGCAUGAGGGAAAAUUUCCCCUUUGUCCUCUGAAAUUUCAUGGAAAUCAGCUGUCAAAAGGCAGAUUCGUAGGAGAAAAGACUUACAAGCUUAUUUGAUCAUAGUUUUACAUGACAGAGGAGCCUUCAGAUGAGAACCCAAAGAUACAGGAGAAACUUUCCAUUUUUAUCCUUGGGUUCAAAGACAUAUGGACAGCUGUGUAGAAAUGCGAUUAAACGUGAAGGGCGUGAUCUAAUGCUGAUGGACCGAGCGGAGAAGCCCAGCAAGGCCCUUUUGUGAGAUUCUUUUUGGCCUCUCUGCGCAGUGUGCCUUCGUUCUGGGGUAUAAGGCACUUCUUUCUUGGGUAUGGAGUAAGACCUCUCUGGAAUGGAGGUCUUACGACCUACAAUCCAAUAAGAUAUGUCAGAUAAUUUAUUGACUGCUAGUUUUAGCAUAGAAAGGUAGAGGUAGAGUCACAACUUUAGGUUUUAUGUUUGCCUUUGAGGAAAAGGGCCUAUGGUUUCUAUGAGUCACCGUGGGGACGUGGGGACGAGGGAUUCUAAUUUCUGUGGCUAGCCUCAGGGUAGAAUGAGGGGCCAGGGAAGACAAAGCAGGAGAAAGAGAAACUUUUGCUCCUGAGGCCUUCAUUUUGGGUAUCAUUUUCUGAGCCCCAACACUUUUUUGAGAGUACUUGGAAGGGGAGCAAAGGAGAAGCAGGGAGAUAAGCCAGAAUAUUAGAUCAAAAUUCAGAUGAUAAGUGAUGGCAAGAUGGGCCAGAGUGGCAGUAGCAGAGGUGGUAAGAAGGGAUAAAAAACUGCAUAUAUUUAAUGGCAGCAAAAAUUUGCAGGAUUGUGGGGUUUGAGAGGGCACAAUUUCAAUGCCUGUUCAGUGGUCCAUCACAUGAAGACCACCUUCUACCUGGUUAACCCUUCAUUGCUAAACAUUUAGGUUGACUCUGGGUGUUGCUACUAUCAGUAAUAUUUCAAUUUUUUUAAAAAGUGCUAAGGAUUUUGCAUGAAUGUCCUUUUUCCCCAGAUAAUAAACACCCCCCAGUCUUUUAUUAUACAUUUCAAAGUGGCCUUGAGGAAGGUAAUACAAUGCCAUCCACAGAGGCGUUGAGUGGGUGCUUUUGAAAACAAUGGGUAUAAAAUUUACUUUUAGCCAGGCCUGGUGGCAUGUCUGUAGUCUCACCUGCUGAGGACGUUGAGGUGGGAGGAUUGCUUGAUCCCAAGAGUUUGAGGUUAGCCUGGGCAACACAGUGAGACUGUGUCUCUAAAAGAGAAUAAGAUAAAAUGAAAUAAAAUUUACUUGUAAUGUUCGCUAACUGAUGAGAUCACUCCAUGUGAUCCCCACCACCAGCAUACGAUGAUGGAAAUAGCCAGUGUGAGUUCUCCAAAAGUCUUUGUCCUCCUGGGCUUCUCUGCACGACCCUCGCUAGAAACUGUCCUCUUUAUAGCUGUCCUGGGUUUUUACGUGGUAUCGAUCUCAGGCAAUGGCAUCAUCAUUCUGCUCUCCUGUGUGGACAUGCACCUCCACACACCUAUGUACUUCUUUCUAGCCAACCUCUCCUUCCUGGACAUUAGCUUCACCACGAGCAUUGUCCCACAGCUCCUGGCCCACCAGUGGGGACCACGGAAAGCCAUAAGCUAUGGAGGGUGUGUGGCCCAGUUCUAUAUCUCCCACUGGCUGGGGGCAACUGAGUGUGUCCUGCUAGCCACCAAGUCUUAUGACCGCUAUGCUGCCAUCUGCAGGCCACUCCAUUACACUGUCAUUAUGCACCCACAGCUUUGCCUUGGACUGGCUUUGGCCUCAUGGCUGGGGGGUCUGACCACCAGCGUGGUGGGCUCCACGCUCACCAUGCUCCUACCGCUGUGUGGGAACAAUCGCAUCGACCACUUGUUUUGUGAGAUGACCCUCAUCAUGCAACUGGCUCGCGUGGACACCAGCUUCAAUGAGGUGGAGACGCACCUGGCCAGCUUUGUCUUCGUUGUCCUGCCUCUGGUCAUCCUCGUCUCUUACGGCCACAUUGCCCGGGCCGUGUGGAAGAUCAAGUCCGCAGAAGGGCGGGGAAAGGCAUUCAACACCUGUUCUUCCCACGUGGCCGUGGUGUUCCUGUUUUACGGGGGCAUCGUGUUCAUGUAUCUCCAGCCAGCCAGGAGUACUUCCCAUGAGCAGGGCAAGUUCAUAGCUCUCUUCUACACCGUAGCUACUCCUGCGCUGAACCCACUUAUUUACACCCUGAGGAACGCCCUCCGGCACACCGUGUUAGAGAACUGCUGCGGCUCUGCAGGCCUACGGGCACUGAUUGAGAGACUCCGGCCCCUUCUGAGGAGGAACAUCAAGUUCACAUCGAGCAAACUGGCCUUGGAGGACAGGGUACUUGGGAUGUCGUUUUCUUCUAACAUUGUUUGCGUUCAAGGUAGAUGGAAAUCUGAAAGCAGUGUGCUCACACCACUUCCAGACCAAGAAAAUACAUGUAUUGUUUGUUAAUUAUCACAGUUUAAUUUGUCUUUGUUGGGUUUUGCUGUAUAUACACAUGUUGACUGUCAUCUUGUUUUGUAAACUUCAUUCGUUGUUAUACAUCUGUUCCUCAGUAUGCUAAGGGGGUGGAUUCCAGGACCCUCCAUGGAUAAUAAACUCUGAUAAUGCUGGGAGUAUGUGGGGAGACCGGAGCCCCCCGUGUCCUCCCAGUCCUCGGCCCUGCGCCUGGGGUGAGCUUGGAGGAAACGUGGCGCCACCAGAAUGCACUCUGAGGCCGUGAGGCUGUGGAGGACGAGGGAAGCUCCAGGGGCGUGGCUCGGCCACACGUUUAGGCCACGAAGCCGGCAGGUGCACGUCCUGGGCGACGCUGUCGAGUUGCGGGAGACCUGCUAGUCCUGACGGCUCAUGGUUACAAGACAUUUUCAUAUUCUAUCCAUUGUUUUGUGUGCAUUUUACUGCUCACUUCUGUAUAGAUAGUUAACAACGCUAAGCUUUUUCGAAAUGCCUAUUCCUUCUAGAUGUUCUGAAGUGCCUGAUGUAUGUUAAAAUUAGAGGUAGUAAAAUGACACUUUUUGUAAAUAACUUUUCGUUAAAAU